AAUCUUGCCUCAGUGAAAGAGACCAAGGGCUUGGGCAAAACGUCUAGAGCCACAGCAUUCCUAGCUGGCUCUCCCUUUGAACACUGAGCUGAGGGAGGCAGGCUGGAGGAGAGGCUGGGAGACGCCGAGCCAGGCCCGCUGCAGGGGCUCCAAGACUGGGCUGGGCCUCAGGUAAACGAGGGUGGCUCGGGCAAAAGAUGGCGAACAGUCAGGGAAAUGUCUAAAGACUGAUUGCGAGUCACCGAGUUCAGGCUGGCAGGUAGCUAGGACCAUUGCAUCGUUCCUUCGAAGAAACCCCGUAUCAGUUCUUACAAAAUAGCUCCACAUUCCAGCCUCAUGGCAGCGGACGCUAAUUUCCUGCGGUGGAUGUAACGCUCCUGUGGCACCAGCCAAUCAGAGAACAAGACGGCGGGCCUUGUCAUAAGACCCAGCGUGACAUCACUGCGAGGGCGCGCGGAGAGCAGACGCGGAGGCUCCGCAGCCGGCCACCGGACACCGGCUCCGCGCGGAUAUGCAAGCCGGAUACCAGGCGCCGCCGGCCGGAUGCAAGCAAGGCGGACUCGGGGUGAAGAUGGAGGGGAGGAAAAAAAAAAAAAAAAAAAAAAAAGUGUCGGGCGCCGCGCGUGUUUGGAGACGUGGCGGCGGGGGAGAGGAGCGCUGCGGGCGGACACGCGUGGACUACGUGGGCCGGUGUUAGGACUGGAGGAGAUUGGAAAAGACAACUUUUUUUUUUUUUUUUUUUUUUUUUUUUUUUCCUCCCCACGUUUGUCUGCCAAUCACGACGAGAGGAAGACGCAACAUUCCCAAAGUUUUUCCCAGAUGUAUAACAUGAUGGAGACCGAUUUGAAGCCCCCCGCGCCCCAGACCAACACGGGGGGUCCGGGCAACCCCAACACGCCCGGAACCGGCGCCAACCAGAAGAACAGCCCGGAGCGGGUGAAGCGGCCCAUGAACGCCUUCAUGGUGUGGUCCCGGGGCCAGAGGCGGAAGAUGGCGCAGGAGAACCCCAAGAUGCACAACUCGGAGAUAAGCAAGCGGCUCGGCGCGGAGUGGAAACUUCUCUCGGAGAGCGAGAAGCGGCCGUUUAUCGACGAGGCCAAGCGGCUGCGGGCCUUGCAUAUGAAGGAGCACCCCGACUAUAAGUACCGGCCCCGGCGGAAAACCAAGACGCUCAUGAAGAAGGACAAGUACACCCUGCCCGGCGGGCUCCUAGGCCCCGGGGGGAACGGCAUGGGCGUCGGGGUCGGGGUUGGCGUCGGAGCCGGGUUGGGCGGCGGGGGCGGCGGCGUGGCCCAGCGCAUGGACAGCUACGCGGCGCACAUGAACGGCUGGAGCAACGGCGGGUACGGCAUGAUGCAGGAGCAGCUGAGCUACCAGCACCCGGGGCUGGGCGCGCACAACCCGGGUCAGAUGCAGCCCAUGCACCGCUACGACAUGAGCGCCCUGCAGCAGUACAACAGCAUGACCACGCAGGGCUACAUGAACGGCUCCCCCACCUACUCCAUGUCCUACUCGCAGCAGAGCAUGCCGCCGGGCUCCAUGGGGUCCUCCGCCGCCGCCGCCGCCGGGGUCAAGUCCGAGUCCAGCAGCUCCAGCCCGCCGAUCGUCACCUCGUCCUCCUCGCACCGGGGCGCGCCGGGCUGCCAGAGCGGGGACCUGAGGGACAUGAUCAGCAUGUACCUGCCCGGGGCGGAGGUCAGCGAGCAGACGGCCCAGACCAGGCUACACAUGUCCGGCCACUACCAGAGCGCCGUGCCGGGGACGACGAUCAACGGCACGCUGCCAUUAACACACAUGUAAGGAAAAAAAAAAAAACUUUUAUAUAUAAACACACAUAUAUAUAUAUAUAUAUAUAUAUAUAAACAUUGGACUACUUAACUUUGGACUAUUUUUGUACAGAAAAAAAAGGGAAUGCAGGAGGGGGGAAAGUUGUAUAAAAGUCACCUGCAAAAAGAGGAGAAAAAAAAAGACCAAUUUUUUUUUUUCCACCCCCCCUUUUCCCCUUUUUUCAUUUCUUUAAAGGAAGCUGUAGAGGAAGAUCUUCACCUCUUCACUGCUGGAUGAAGUUUGCCCGACGAGAAAGUGGGAGUCGCAAUCAAAAAUCACUUUUUUUCUUUUUUUUUCUGUACAGUAUUUAUCAAAAAAACAAACAAAAAAAAAAAACAUUACAAUCAGAUGAUAUAAAUAACCAUUAAGAGGUUGCAUCGUUUUUUUUUUUUUUUUUUUUAAAUCCCUCCUUAUAAUUUCAUAUAACAAAGCCAGUUUUGCAGAAACAUGGGAAAGAAAAAGGGACAUAAAACUACUGUUUUUUUCUUUUAAAUUAAAGUCCAAAACUAAAAAUAUUGUAAUAAAACCCCCCCUUCCCUUUCCAACCCCCCCACCCGCUCAUACAUCAUAAAAUAAAUAAAUUAAAAAAAAAAAAAAGUUAAUUUAUAUCUCCCACUUUCCAUCCGUUUGAGGUAUGGCGCUUGUGCUCUUUAUUUUCUUAUUGAUUUGUACAAUUUCUGUAUAUUUACUGUGAUAUUUUUUUUUUUUUUUAAUGUUCUUAGCUCAUCAUUCAUUUUCCGUAGUUGUAUUUAAAAACAAAAAACAAAAUAAUUAAAUAAAAAAAAGAGAGAGAAUACUGUGGCCUGUACGCAGAAGCCAAGCACUCCAUGUACAUACUGGAACUAAUACCAUCCUUAUAUCAGCUACAAUUUCAACUGAGUCUAUUUUUUUUUUUUCAAUAUGCAGUUUGAAAAGAAUAAAUUUUGGAAAUUUGGAUACUUGAAA